UGUGUCACAACUAAGUCAAACCCUUGUUGCUUAGAUCAGAAGUCAAACAAGUGUCCCAGUGGUUGGAGUGGACAGAGGUGAUCCAGCUGAGCAGGAGAUUUUAAAAAACGACAUACAGCGCAUCCUCACCUGAGGACCAACAAGUUACAGACAUUAGGUCACAUUUGAACUAAGACAGGGUACAGAUCAGGAGUCUGGCAGGGCCUCAGCAUUACAACAUUGACGGUGACAAGCGUUAAACAAACCUGAGCAUGGGGUCGCCUCUCUACAUCAGUCACCCUCAUCACCCCGACACCAGGACGGCAUGGCUGGACGAAGCUGAGGAUGUCAAACCACCCCGCAGCUUAUUGGGGCUCCCUCCUGAGCUCAGCUGGUCAGGGGUCUACCUCCCCUAUUGUAAUAGAUUAGCUAUAGAGGAGAACCCCUGGGUGCUGAGGAUGACAGAGGCCCCUGCUCCGGCUGCUCCUCCCUCCAGGACUGCAGAGCCGGGCCCAGCCAAGCCUAGUCAAGCCCAGGAACCCCCUUCUGGGAUGGAAGGUCAGGUGGAGGAGUGCUGUCUGGAGCAGGUCCAGACCAUGGUCGUGGGAGAGGUGUUGAAGGAUGUCGACACGGCCUGCAAGCUGCUCAACAUUGCAUCAGACCCUUUGGACUGGAGCUAUGUGCAUGUUCAGAAGUGGCUACUCUGGACCGAACACCUGUACAGGCUGCCACAGGUCAGCACGAUGUUUCAGGAGCUGACCGGCAGAGAUCUGUGCUCCAUGACAGAAGCAGACUUCAGACAGCGCUCCUCGCAGUAUGGAGACAUGCUGUACGCUCAUCUGGACAUCUGGAGAUCUGCUGCGGCAAUGAAGGCGCGCUGCCCACCAGAGGACAGCAAAUCAGCAGCUGAUGAUGAUUCCUGGUCAGAUGUGAUGUGUGACUACCCAAGUCAACCCAUCCACCUGUGGCAGUUCCUCCGAGAGCUGCUCCUCAAGCCUCAUAACUACAGCCGCUGCAUCCGCUGGCUCAACAAAGAGAAAGGGAUUUUCAAAAUAGAAGACUCAGCUCACGUGGCCAGGCUAUGGGGCAUCAGGAAGAACCGCCCGGCUAUGAACUAUGACAAACUGAGUCGCUCUAUACGCCAGUACUACAAGAAAGGCAUCAUUCGAAAGCCUGAUGUAUCACGCAGACUGGUCUACCAGUUCGUCAAGCCUGUAUGAUAAAGAGGAUCGGCUGAUCCGAGAAGAACGAGCGGAGGAAGAACCAAAGAUAUGCUGGACAUACAGUAGAAGUAACACAAACUCUUAUUUGAUGUUUUCAUUUCACUUGUAAAGACUGCCUAUUGAACUAUGCAUUCCUGCCUAUCAUAAUACCCCUCUACUUUAUUACUCUUAGAAACAGGAUUUUAUUUUAUUCGUCCGUUUGUCGUCUUCAGCACUCUAAAUUUGAAAUGUACUUUUUUUGGUGUGAUGUUUGGUUUCUCAAAAGGAAACAUAUUUCAUCUUCUUACUUACUUGCUUAUUUGCUUUCUUGCUCGAGAGUUAGAUGAGAAAAUUGAUACCUCAUAUCUGUACGGUAAAUAUUUAUCUGGAGCCAGAAGUUUGCCAGUUUGGCUUAGCAUAAUGACUGGAAACAGAUGGACAGACCUCGGUCUGUCCAAAGUUUUUAUUUUAAUUUAUGAGCACGUCUUUAAGAUCACUAUUUAACAUAUUCUACAGUUUAAUCCAUACACGUGUUAAUUUGUGAGUUUUAGGCUGCAGCAGGGUUAAAAUCUUUGGACAGACUAACCAACACCUAACUCCAGGUACAUAUUUGGCGUACAGAUGUGAGUGGUGUCUUUUUUUUUUUAAUUUAAUCUUGGUAAGAAAGCAAAUAAAUUAUUUCCCAAACUUUAAAAAAAGAUUCCUUUGAACGCUCUUCUUUAACACUGACACUUCUUGUUAUUUCCCUUCAAGCAUUUUUUUUUUUUCACUUUUGAAGUUGCAGAGCAAUGCCAGAGUAAGCGUAUAUUUUAUUAAAUCUGUCUUCAUGGAUAGUCCUUUCUGUCUUUGGGUUUAUAUUUCGGGAUCUACUAAUAAAGUAAUAAAUUACCACAUGUUGUAUCUCCUUUAAAAGUCACAACAUGAUAUAAUGUUUUGAAUCACAUGUGCAGGCCAUACGACAACAAAAAAAACACACACAGACACUAACUUUUUUUUUUUUUUUUUUCAACAAACUUGUUUCCCUUUCAAACCAAUAUCGCAAUAUUGACACCAUCACAACAAAUUUGAGUCGGGUUUUUCAUCACUAUCGUCAUUAUUAUCUGUGAUCAUAAUCAUCUUUAUGCAUAUUUAAAUGAACUUCUUGUUACAUCAAGAUGAACAGGCACUACACCAGUUAGGAGAUAAAAGUACAUCACUAACUAUGAACAUACAUCUUCUAGACCGCUAAUAUAGGGUUUCCACAACGUGAGCUGCUGUCCCCUGUGUGCAUAAGGAAGAGAUCAUCAACAUAAAAAAGCAUUUACAUGUACACCUUUUUACUGCCUCAACGUGGUUAGGUCUCAUUUUUCAACUCAACACAGUUGUACAGUUACAAUAGAAUAUAAUCUUUAAAUUACAUCAUCAUAUACAAAUCUGACAGCGUGGGAUAACGUCACGCUUUUAUGAUACACUGACAAUUCCAUUGCAAUGAAAUUCAUACGAUAUGGUACCUAUUACUUAAUAUGUUUUCCAUUGCUGUUAUUUUAAUGAAACACAUUUACAUGUAUAACACUACAUUUUGUCUUAAUAGUCAAUCACUUGCAUUUUUUUUUUUUGUUUUAUACAUUUUUUUUUUUCUGUUACAUUUACACAACUCAUACACACUUGGAUGAUGAUGUUUUCCCCCAAAAUAUUAACCUGGUAAUGUGGAUUAUGUGUUGCAUGUAUUGUGUAUAUCGUGUGUUUUGUAUGUGUGACGUGAGAGUGUUGUGCGUGUGUGUGUGCAUGUGCGUGUCAAGAACGUGGGACAGUUUGAUGAUAGGAGUCCUUUUUGCUAUGCUGGACAGCUUACUCUAAGACACAACUUGUGAGCUGGUGAUGUGUUUCUCCUCAUGUGUGAGACCCAAACCUGUCAAAUCCUUGUUCCAGACACAGAGCUAAACACAUCUGACUGCUAUUGGUCCAGUGAAAUUGAAAAACUUCAGGACAACUAAGUUAUAAAAAUCUCUCCCAUCUAAUCAGAGAUUUAGGUGCAACUUGUUUAGCGAGAUAUAACUCACUAAUCAACAUCUGAUAAAACGCAAUUCUUGCUAUAAGUUUAGUUUCUAUGGAGCAAGUUAAAAGAUUUAAAAGUAACCACGUAACGCACUGCGUAAGAGUCGUCUUACAUGCAGCGCGGGUUACCGGUGACAAAUGUAUUCCCUGUGUCAUUGUGAGUGUUUUGCAGACAAAUGAAGUUUGGGUGGACUGGGAGGCAGCUACAAGCUGAUCUUCACUGAAGCUGUUUCACAUGUGACAUGUGAAGUUAUUGCAUGGAGAGAAAACAUAUAGUUGAUGGUAUUGGGUCAUUCUUUGGCUCAGCAGGAAAACGGGCCACAUAACUAGUGCUUUUUUUGCUAGGUAGGGCUUUUAAAUGAUAGUGGGAGGACCAUGUUUAGACAACGUGUCCUCUUUCAAGCCCAAACACUAGUACAUUCAUGUCCUGUUGGAGAGGCUUCGAUCUUCAGACAACCUGUCUGUAGCACAGUUAACGCACUGACAUGCCUCCAUUGGCCCCCUCGCUCUGGAAGAAAAGUGCCCCGGCACAGGCAUUGUUCAAAACCCUCCUCUUAUACUGCAGUGGCAACCUCAAGGAGAUGACUUCAUCCGACUUCGCUCUGAGGGAAUGUAUCACUCGUGUUAGCAGUAGUGGAUUAAAAUGAUACCUGAAUUACUGAACCAAGAAUGAAAGCUUCUGCAGAGACUGUAUAUCCUUUUUUUUUUUCCCAUGGAUUGCAUGGAGAUGAUAUUGUCAAAGGACAUGUGAUGCUAAGAAAGCAAGAGGACAAAAAAAAAGAGUUAAAAACGAAAACAAACAAACAUAAAAUCAGUUCAUGAACGAGCUUCCUUUUCAUGGAGACAGAAGCGCGUGAUGCAAAGAAGUGAACUCUGCAUUUGUAGUUGAAGUGUUGCAUCAGGUUGUAGCCCAAACCAGGCUGCAGGAAUCAGGGAAUGCAAGGUUGUUGCAUAGCACAUGCUGCUAUGCAAGUUCAGAAACAGUUUAAAAACACAUAGCACUGCACACACUGGAAAGAGGUUGGACCAAAUCACAAAAAAAAGAAAGAAAGAAAGAAAGAAAGAAAGAAAAAUAAAAAUAAAAA